UAUAGAGGAAACAUUCUUAUGAUGAAGUCUUUGCCCACUCCGAAUGAGGCUUACUCUAUUCUGUUGCAUGAAGAAAAGCAACGUGAAGUUCAUGCUUCUAUACAGUUUUCAGGACAAACCUCUUCAUUCAAUGUAGUAGGUACAAAGUUUCAAAAUGCAAAGUGGGAAAAUAGAGGUAAUGCCCAGAAAGGCAAUUUUGAGAAUCGUAAAGGUGGAAUAUUUUGCAAUUAUUGUAAGAAAUCAGGACAUUUGAUUGAAAAGUGUUACAAGUUGCACGAAUUUCCUCCCUCUUUCAAGUUCACUAAGCAGAAGAGGACUUAUAGAAAUGCACAAGGGAGUGCAAAUGCAGCAUUUGGAAAUGAAGAAGGAGGUUCUUCUGAGACUAACCUGACUGUGAAUCCCAUGAGUAUAGUGCAAGGCUUCUCAAAGGAGAAGUGUGAUAAACUGAUUCAUUUACUUCAAAAUCUUCAUGCAGGUCAAGGAGUUUCUUCGGAUUUUGAGGCUAAUGUGACUGCUAACAUGGCUGGCCCCUUCUCUGAAGAGGCUACACGUGUUUGGUGAGACCACUGAUGGAUUCUAUGUGUUGGACAAUGCAGCUCCCAGUUCUAGUUCUAGUCUUUCCAAUGUCAGUGUCAAUUCCACUACUUCUGUUGAACCUAGUGUCCCAUGUAGUUCUUCACAAUCUCUAUUUUCAGAUGUUUUCAAUAUAAGUCCUUUUGAUGGACGUCUUUCUAGCGACGUUGUAACUGAAGCUAAUUCAAUGAAUAAAAUUGUUUGCUCUAUGAAUUGUAGCA